GGGAGGAGGGAGGGAGGAGAAAAAUUGGAAAUUACUGGCAGAGGAGUCUAACAGCUGCAGUGAUGGAAGAGAAAGCGAAAGCAGCUAUAGUAGUAGCAAAGCGUUGAUAUAAUCUGAGCGAUACACAGAGGUUUCGAACUUUCUCAUCACCUUCGGGUCAAACCCAGCGAACAAGCAAGCUCAUCCACCUCCAUAUUCUGCUCUGAUCGUCCUCCCAUCGAAUGCAAUAUCCGGUCUUCUCUGAUCGGAAAUGUUUCUUGUCGGUGGAGGCGGUGAUGGUGCCGGCAGCGCCGCACCUCGAGGAGCUAGAACCUUGUGCGAAAACCACUAGUUUUGCUCUGUCGCUGCCGGUGAGUUGAAGCCGCGGAAUCAUCAUGAAGAAAGGGAAGGGGAAGAACAACGGCUUGUUGCCGAAUUCAUUGAGGAUUAUCUCUUCCUGCCUCAAGACUGUGUCUACGAAUGCUGGCAACGUUGCUUCCACAGUACGCUCUGCUGGCGCCUCUGUUGCUGCUUCCAUCUCGUCUCCUUCUGAGGAUCACAAGGAUCAGGUAACAUGGGCUGGUUUUGAUAAGCUGGAGCUUGAGCAGUCUAUCUUUAAGCGCGUUCUCUUGCUUGGUUAUCUGAAUGGGUUUCAAGUUCUUGACGUGGAGGAUGCAUCUAGCUUCAGUGAACUGGUCUCAAAGCGUGAUGGUCCUGUUUCUUUCUUACAGAUGCAACCUUUCCCUGUAGGGAUUGAUGGUCAGGAAGGAUUUAGAAAAUCACAUCCCUUACUGCUGGUUGUUGCUGGUGACGACUCCAGCAUUAGCAGCCAGAACCGCACCCAUUUGGGUGGUUUGGGAGGAGAUGGUAAUUUGGAGACUCAAUCUGGGAACUGUGUCAGCUCUGCAACAGCUGUUCGGUUCUACUCCCUAAAGUCUCAUACUUAUGUCCAUAUUUUGAGAUUUCGGUCCAUAGUCUGUAUGAUCAGAUGCAGUUCUCGCAUAGUAGCUGUUGGUCUUGCUACACAAGUAUAUUGUUUUGAUGCAUUGACUCUUGAGAAUAGAUUCAGCGUGCUCACCUAUCCUGUUCCUCAGCUAGCAGGACAAGGAACACCAAGUGUUAAUGUUGGUUACGGUCCACUGGCUGUGGGUCCAAGGUGGUUAGCAUAUGCUUCUAACAAUCCACUGCCCUUAAACGUAGGCCGCCUGAGCCCACAAAACCUGAGUCCUUCUCCAGGGGCUAGUCCAUCAACAUCUCCCGGCAGUGGUAGCUUGGUUGCUCGUUAUGCAAUGGAAUCUGGCAAACAUCUGGCUUCUGGAUUAAUCAAAUACUGUCAAGAGCUGCUUCCUGAUGGUUCUAGUUCUCCAGUGCCUUCAAACUCAGGCUGGAAAGUUGGUAGGGUUGCAGGAAUGGACAUGGAUAAUGCAGGAAUGGUUGUUGUAAAGGACUUCGUAUCAAGAGCCAUCAUUUCACAAUUUAAGGCUCACACUAGUCCUAUAUCUGCACUAUGUUUUGAUCCCAGUGGGACUCUUCUGGUCAGUGCGUCAGUCUAUGGGAAUAACAUCAACAUCUUCCGGAUAAUGCCAUCAUGCACACGCAAGGGACCAGGUGUUCCAAGCUAUGACUGGAGCUCCUCUCACGUGCAUCUUUAUAAACUUCAUCGUGGGAUAACAUCAGCUAUGAUCCAGGACAUAUGUUUUAGUCAUUUUAGCCAAUGGAUUGCCAUUGUUUCAUCCAAGGGGACUUGUCAUCUUUUUGUUUUGUCUCCGUUUGGAGGUGGUACUGGUUUCCGAAUUAUUAAUUCUCAGGGAGAAGAACCCUCCUUGCUUCCAGUUUUAUCACUACCUUGGUGGUCCACAUCAUAUUCCAUGUCUGAUCAGCAAUCUUUGCCUCCUCCAGCACCUGCUGCCCUUUCUGUAGUGUGCCGCAUAAAAUAUAGCAGUUUUGGAUGGCUUAAUACAGUACAUGGUUCUGCUAAUGUGACAGGAAAAGUUUUUGUGCCCUCCGGUGCUCUUGCUGCUGUCUUUCAUAAUUCGUUAUCUCACUCACAGCAGCAUGCCAAUAUGAAGGCAAAGCCCCUUGAGCAUCUGUUGGUCUACACACCAUCUGGUCAUGUUGUUCAACAUGAACUCCUGCCUUCUGUUGGCCCAGAACCUAGUGAUAGUGGUUCAAUAACCCAGUCAGCUUCACUCAUGCACAUUCAAGAUGAUGAGUUCAGAGUAAAAGUUGAGCCUAUUCAGUGGUGGGAUGUAUGUAGACGGUCAGAAUGGCCAGAGCGAGGGGAUCCUUGUAGCAAUACUUUUGAUAGAGAGGAUGGUACUGAGAUAGUUCAAGAGAAAACAUGCUGUCCUGAUAGCAAUGGAUUGGAUUAUUUGGAUAUAAAUGACGGUGCUGGGGAAAAAGUGGUAAAGUGCUCCACUGGAAAGGCCCAAGAAAGAUCCCAGUGGUAUCUAUCUAAUGCUGAGGUACAGGUAAACUUUGGAAGGCUUCCCAUAUGGCAGAAGUCUAAGAUUUGCUUCUAUUCUAUGAAUUCUUUGAGAACUAGUACUGUUGCUAGUGGAGAGUCUGAAAUUGAACAGAUCUCUGUCAAUGAAGUUGAAGUAAAACGGAAGGAGCUAUUGCCUGUUUUUGACCAUUUCCAUAGCAUCAGACCAAGCUGGAACGAGAGAGGUUUUACUGGGGAAAGAUCUUCAAGCUCUUCAUCUUCGGUUUCUCAUCAAGCUGAAGACAAGACAUCUGCUGAAGUGACGGUUAUUUGUCACUCAAAGCCAGCGUCACUCAGUUCUACAGAAAGCUCUGAUGGGGGUUCAUCAAGAAGAACUGAAAAUUUUCUUGACCUGGAUCAAGUUGCAUCCAGUUGUCAGAUGCUUAAUGAGAUCUACUUGGAACGGAUGGGGACAAUCAUUGUUGAGCCUCCUCUGCAGAACCAUACGUUGCCAGAAAAUUUUUCUUUCCUUUCUGGAGGUUCGAAGCAUGUUGAUGCUCAUGCUGACCAUAGCAUCCAAAGCAGUUUGUUAUUUCAGGGGAAUGGGGUAACACCGGGAAUGCAAGAAAAUGCAGGUGUUGGGAUCAAUGACGGCUCAGUGCCAGUACCAGACCAAGAUGCUCCCAUGGGAAAACCUCCAGGGGUGCCAUCAAUAAUGCAUGGCAAAGGAGUUGUGGGUCAACCUUUCCAGGAUGACCACUGCAAGACAUUGGAGCAUCAUGGAAGUGACUCAUUGACUGAAGGUGUAACUGAUGAUGUUGAUGGCAGCAGUGGCCGGCAUGAAAUGGAGCAACCAGGGGAGGAUGGAGAAGAUGGGGAAAUGCUUGGUGGCAUAUUUGCCUUUUCCGAGGAAGGUUGAUCUUCACGUUUGAGGAGGGUCAUUUAUGGCAUCAACGAAGUCGUGAAUAAGAAAUUGCAUAUGGCUGCAAUUAAGGUUUAUUUGCUGCUCAAUUGUGUGAUCUCUCUCUCUUUCUGUCACCCUGUACAUUCUGUAGAUGGGAAUUCAAGUAUUCAUGUUUUGCUGGUUCGGUUGCUAUGGUCUAUCUGGAAGGCUGAGUGAAUGUAUCUCGAAUGCACAUUCCUCUGCUGAUCAUUUUAUCUAAGAUUGCCUGUAUAUAGGAGCAGGGCAUGGAGUUCCCUCCACGUUGUAUAACUUUUUUUUUAAAAACAUAAUUAUUAUUGAAUUGGCCAGGAGUCGGGCCAAAAUGAUGUUGUAAAGGAUCAGUUAAUAUUGUUUUCAUGGAUGCCUUCUUCUCCCCA